AUGUGGUCGUUAAAUCAGGUAGUUUGCGGCAGUAUUAGGUUUUAAACGGCAGGAGCGAGCGGGAGUGCGUCGCUAUACCCGAUUCAUUCACACCAGGAGUGUUAAAGGCACCCCGAUGGCGACAGACAUUGUUGCAGAGUUGGCUGACUCGCUAGCCAAGGCUGGAGUGGAGGAUGGAGAGCUGAGUUACAAAGGUCAGGGAAGAAAGCUGGAUGAUGCCCAGUCAGUGGAGGACAUGGUGAAGGAGAUCCAGGACUUUGAGGGAUUACAGGCUCUCAGACUGGAGGGAAACACGUUGGGUGUGGUGGCAGCACAAGCCAUUGCCAAGGCUCUGGAGACGAAGAGUGACUUCAAGCGCUGUUAUUGGAGUGACAUGUUCACUGGUCGGCUGCGCUCUGAAAUCCCUCCUGCCCUGAAUUCACUGGGUGAUGCGCUGAUGCUCGCGGGUGCCAGGCUGACUGUUUUAGACCUCAGUGACAACGCUUUUGGACCAGAUGGUGUGAAGGGUAUAGAAAAACUGCUAAAGAGCUCCGCCUGCUACACGUUGCAGGAACUACGACUCAAUAACUGUGGCAUGGGCAUCGGAGGUGGCAAGAUCUUGGCUGCUUCAUUGAUGCAGUGUCAUCAAAAAUCCACUGCAGAUGGCGCCCCCCUGAGCCUGAAGGUGUUUGUUGCAGGCAGGAACCGUCUGGAAAAUGAUGGAGCCACUGCGCUUGCUCAAGCCUUUCAGAUAAUGGGCAGCUUGGAGGAAGUUCACAUGCCCCAGAAUGGCAUCAAUCACCCAGGAGUGACAGCCCUGGCCUCGGCCAUGCAGCACAACCUGGCCCUGCGAAUCCUAAACCUCAAUGAUAACACUUUUACUGAGAGAGGGGCUAUCGCCAUGGCUAAGGCACUGAAACACCUCCGCAGCAUCCAGGUGAUCAACUUUGGCGACUGUCUGGUGCGACCAGAAGGAGCUAAAGCUAUCGCAGAAACCGUGUCUGAGGGGCUGCCGGUCCUCAAGGAACUGAACCUGUCGUACGGUGAGAUUACAGCAGACGCAGCUCUGGCUGUUGUCCAGGCUCUGAAGAACAAAGACCAGCUGGAGAAACUGGACCUGAAUGGGAACUGUUUUGGAGAGGAUGGCUGCAAGGCUUUGAAAGACACCAUGUCAGAGAUGAACAUGAGUGAGCGCCUUGCUCCACUCAGUGAUGACGAGGGUGAGUCAGUUGAUGAAGAUGAGGAUGACAACGAUGAAGAAGAUGAGGAGGACGAGGAAGAAGAUGUGGAUGAGGAGGAAGUGGAAGAGGAGGAGGAGGAAGAAGAUGAUGAUGAAGAAGAGGAAAACGGCAGCAGCAACAAGCUGUCCACUCCUACAUCGGCACCCCGACCACCAGAUGUCUCUUCGUUCCUCAGCUUUCCGUCUCCUGACAAGCUGCUGAAGCUGGGCGCUGCGAGAGCCCUGCUGAUCCAGCAGCAGGUGGAUGUAGCAGAUCCAACCAAAACAGCUGAAGCUUUCCUCAAGAUUGCGUCUGUGUACAAGGAUGAGAACAGUAUUGUGAAGAACGCUGUAUUAGACACCAUCGAUGGCCUUCUGAAUAAAGCAUUCACCACUCCAUCGUUUCAAGGCUACUGUUUCAUAUCAUCUCUGUUGGUGCUGCUCGGACUCAUCAAGAGUGAGGACAAAGUCAAGCCUGUGCUGGUGGUCUCGGGUCACCUCCACGCCUUGGAACAUGUUGUUCGACAGGACUACUUUCCCAAAGAGAGUGUGGCGGUCCUGAGGGCUUUCAUGUCUCGGGGUAACAAAGCUCUGGAGUCGUGUGGAAAUGCCUGGAACAACCUCCAGUCCACCCUGCAGAGAGUGCGACCUCAGAGCUGAGGCCUGAGCUCGCUCGCGCUGAACUUUAACCCCUUUUGGACCUUUUUGAAAAGCAGCACAAAUGAACCCAAAUUCAUCAGGAGUCGGACGAAGCAGUGCUAAGAAGACCAUCUCCGCUUUGCUGUCUUAGGUUUGUUUACAGGGCGUGGACAUGAAUGCGUUUUGUUGAAAUUGAUAUUUGCUCUUAUGUUGAAGCUGAAGCAUCAGGAGGCGUCGCCUUCAACACAAUCUGAAGCUGGUGACACCAAACCGCUCCAUUCCCAGAUUAUACUCUGGUGUGUAAGAACUCUGACUGGAGAGGCGUUUGGUUUCAUCAGUUAUUCUGUUCACCAUUUCAUAUUUAACUUUAAUAUUUUCUCUUUUUGUAUCAAAUAUUUCCUGACGGCUAAAAUGUGGUCCUAAAUGAAAACCAGAUGUAUUAAAUGAACUGAAGUGUAUCUUUUGCGACACAGGUUGUAGCGUGUUUUGACAUUUAUUUGCAAAAAUAAAACUUUGAAAUGUUUUUGCUUUUUUAAACUUAAAGCAGACAUGAAUGUAUGGAAAUCACAAAAAUAAAAAGGAUAAAAGAC